AUGCGCCCUUUCCAAUCCUCAGCUCGUCUUCCAUCACUGUUCCGUUUUACGUCAUCAAUGGCCCAGCCACGAUUUUCUGCUGGUACUGAUACCGCGAGUGCAACACCGGCGCUGAAUGCACUACUCACCUCUGAGGGUGGGCGAUGGACAUUGGCCAAGGACGGUACUGCCUUAGAGAGGCAGUUCAAGUUCAAGACUUUUGCAAAAACAUGGGAUUUUAUGACAGGAGUUUCCCUUCAAUGUAAAAUCAAGAAUCACCAUCCUGAAUGGUCUAACGUGUACAACACCACUUUCAUCCGCUGGACAACGCAUAACCCAGCUGGUCUCUCAGACAAAGACAUUACAAUGGCUACGCAAUGCGACGCUCUUGCAGCACAAAUAGGCGAGCUACCUCCGGAGCCGAAAACUUUAUCCACGGCCGAGAUGGGGGACCAAAGCUGUGCGAUUCGUGGCUUAGCGGACCAGGCUGCUGGAGUAGCGGGAGACUGCUGUACGCCCAAGAGCAAAUGA